AUGACUCUUCCCUCUGCCUCCCUGACGCUCUCUCCUCAACAGUCUCUGCUUUCUUUUCUUCUGCUUGCUCAUGCUAGCUAUCGGUUCACUACUUCAACUUCAUUGAUAUCGUUCCAAAUAAGUUUCUCACUUCGUCAGUUCCUUCAACUUUCUGUUUUUUUCUUCAACACGCUGUACUUUACAAUAAUGUUUGAGGAGGUUUGGAAAAGCUUAAUGUAACUUUCUAUCACAUUUCUGUUUCAGGAGUUUCAAAAGCGGGGGAAAAACAACUGUUGGAGGAUGCAGAAAAGUUCAAAAGAGAACUUGCUGAAAGAGAGUCAGACAUCAAGCGAAAGUAAAAUUUAAUUUAAGUUGACAUGAAGAUUUAAUUUUUUUUUAUUCCUAAACAGAGGUGGAGGAUGGCUGCCCACUGGCCGCCCUGCCUGCCAAGCCAUAAACGCCCAAAAGCAGAAAUGACUUUUUCAAUAGUAAGUCAAUGACUCAUUUCUAUCGCUUGGCCCAAUGGCUUGGCCGCCAAGCCAAGGGCUGCCUUCCCAAUCCUCCACCUCUGUUCCUAAGUAUUAUUCACGAAAAGUCGUUUUGAUAUUUUGAUAGUUUUGAUAUGGAUAUGUCUUCAAUAGUCCUUCAGACACUUAAAAUUCACAACGAAAAGUUGGACCUUCCUCCGUUUUUAAAUCCCAGAGAGCGUUUUAAAACUAUUUGAAGUUUUUUUAAUUUUUCAUUUUGAGUAUCAAGUUUCCAAAGAUACUAUCCAUCCAGAAAGAGUUAAAAGCCUGUAAGGUGAUCUAGUUUAGGAACGAUGAGCGAAAUGAAAAGCUGCAACAAGAGCUGAGGGAUCAAAGAACAGCCAACACUGAGUUUCUCGACGAAAAAAGGCGAAAUCAGCAGAAUACUCGCAACUCCGAGAAAAAAGAGAACGAAGAAAGAUGCAUUUUCAACAGAGAACAGCUGAACCAGCAGAGAAGGGACCUCGACGAAACUAUUCAGAAAAAGUGAGCUUUUAAAGUAUUUUUAGAAAGAAAAAAUAAAAGUCUUUUGGGUAAACUAAGAUAGAAUGGAAAAGUAGUGAAGCUAGCUCAUUUUUUACAUUCUAAAUGUUUGUAAAUUGGGAAAAUCUACUUUUUCUCAAGUGCAAUCAUUUAGGCUAAAUAUAUUUGAAAAACUCUGAGAUAGGUCUUCAAAGAUAUGAAUCAUCUAUCUUAUUUUUUAAAGCAAAAAAGCCAUUUGAAAAUCAGCAAGGUUGUUCAGAAAGGUCGAACAACGGCAGCAGUUCCAAGCGGAAAUGACGGCGGUCAGAGAAGGGGGAGACAGGGAAGUCAAAAUAUACGAGGACGCCAGAAAAACGGCACAGGUUUCGGAAUUUUCUUUUCCUUUUUUCAACCAUUGACAUCCAGAAAUAGACAGAGUUGUUGCAGAAAGACCAUGAAAUGAAAGAAAAAAUCGUCGAUGAGAAUUUCCAAGGUCAAAUGGCAUAUCUGAACUUCCUUGGAGAGAUGGGUCGAGUCACUCACCUCGACUCGCAAAUCUGUUCGAUAAAUCAGAAAGUGGCCGAUAUCAAACAAAAAUGUUUCAAUCUGAGUGAUGCGGUCAACGCAGUCAAAAAGGAAAUCAAACCGGAACUCAUUUUGGUUCGUUUCAUUCUUUGAAGCAAACGUUUUGCAGAGGCGUUUGAUGAGAUUUCUCCAAAACGUCAGUUUAUGAUUUUGAAGGUCAAAAAAUGUCUAUCUUAUUUUUUUCUAGCGGUGAACAGUUAAAUUUUCUUGGGUCUUGAGAUAAUCAUCUAACUUAAAAUAUCUCCUCCCAAUAAACAUUUUUCGAAAUUAUCAUAUUUUUGGCUGAUCUGAAGUUGAAAUUUUCAGCAUAGAGUUAAAAAGAUUCGAGAUGAAGCUGAAUCGCUUCGAAAAUCAGCUCAAAUGGCGAAAAAAAGUUUGAUUCAAGCUGCAAAUUUGGAAAGAAGCGAAAAGAAUAAUCUCAAGGUUUAUUAAAUGUUUCAAAAGUUUUGAGCUCUUUUUUUUCAAUUUAGAAGCAACUUGAGCGUUUGGAAGAUGGAGGCCUUGAGAUACUGUGUGAUAAAUUUCAGGUCAGUUUUUUGGGAAUAUUCGAAAAUUGAUCGAAUUAAUUCCAGAAUCCCAAGACGGAUAUCGACAAGACAUUGAAAGAAAUCAGCAAGGAGGUCGAGGCCAUCGAAAAUGUUUGUGAAGAAAUGAAUCCCAGUUUUCACACGCAUGGAAAGCAAUUUAUCGAGCCUAGCGGAUUUGCCCAGAGUUCUACUAGUAGACAAAAUGCUUUAUCAUAUCAAUGA